GACUCUCAUUCCUGAAUUCUCCACAUCCCGUCCUACCUUCCCCUCAGGACAUUCCGCGAGGACGAACAGAUAAAGCCAAUACCUGAGCCCUUUCUUCCGUCGACUUACCGCUCCGUUGUACAAGAAUUCCGCGGUCACUGCUUGCUGGCGACAAGUCACACGAGCCGACUGUUUGCCUACGUUGCUGCUCAGCUCGGCUCAAGCUCUCCCACAUUAUGGCGUCGAUUAAUGCGAUAGGGGUCGAUAAGAGCCAGGAUGAUGAGCAUGAACAUAUGCAUGAAGAACCAGUGGAAGAUGACGAGGAGGAUGGUGCUGACAUGGACCCUGCUUUUCAAGAAUACCUGGAACGUCAGCGUAUGCUUGACGAAUUCCUGUCGCCUAUAGCUUUGGAUGAAGCCGUCCUGUAUAAACUUGCACGCCGAUUUUCCGUCGUAUAUCGGGAUUUGGCUCUGCAUUCUAAGGAGCAGUUCUUGCCGACACCAGUGACUAGGUUGCCUACCGGCUUGGAGACAGGCCGGUAUCUGGCUAUUGAUGUCGGUGGAACUAACCUGCGGGUGGCAUUCAUCGAAUUGCUGGGGGAAGCUACCGAGUCAGACGUACGUUCCACAGACGCGUCGGAGAGAUCCCGGGACACGAUCCGUAAAGCACAGCGACAGCGCGUUAGGCGGACUUUGGAAAGAGCAUGGCCUAUACAGGAGCAUCUGAAGAUGGACAAGGCAGAGGACUUAUUCUCGUGGAUUGGGGACUGCAUUGCGGAAGUGGUGGCGGAGAGCUUGACUUCAGAGGCAACAAGAGGCCACAUCCCGGAAGAGCUGGAGAUGGGCAUUACCUUCAGUUUCCCGAUAAUGCAAGAGUCUCUCACGGAGGCUACGUUGAUGCCCAUGGGUAAAGGGUUUGCCAUCACGUCAGACCUUGAUCUGCGCAAAAUUCUACUGAGUGGGUAUGAAAAGCACACAAGGCGCCCAGAUAACGAAUUCGAGCCUUCUAGCAAACGCCGGAAGCUUUUUGAACUCCCCAAACUCAAGAUUGCCGCCAUCACCAACGAUACUGUUGCUACACUAGCUUCCCUUGCAUAUGCUGUGAAAUCUUUGCCCAAUAGCCGGGUGGCUAUGGGUAUGAUUGUGGGCACAGGGUGUAAUGCCACAAUCCCAAUGAAGCUCGGUAUGCUACAUGAUUCCAAGGCGAAGCAUGUGAAGUCAAAGGAUCCACAAGCGGAGGAAACGGUUGUUAACACUGAAUGGACGAUCGCCGGUGCUGCUCUCCCGUUGAGAGAGCUCAACAUCAUAACCAAAUGGGAUAUUGAACUUGAUAGGGCCUGUGUACGCCCCGGUUUCCAACCGUUUGAAUACCUGACAGGUGGUCGAUACAUUGGUGAGCUCAUUCGGCUCGUGCUCUAUGACUACCUCACAAAUGUCAGUAAGCUCUCUAGGAGAGUACUACCCGCGAUGCUCAUCCAGGAGUAUGCCUUGACCACCACUUUCGUUUCGGAUAAAGUUGCCCGCUCUCGGUCGGACCAGGAGCUUGCCGAUGAGUUGUCUCGCUCUCUGCCUCCACCAGAGAACAGCGAGUGGGGCUGGGAUGCUGUGUCGGCAGCUGUCUUUCGUAAGAUUGCCAGGACUGUACAGAGACGAUCUGCUGGUCUGAUCGCCGCGGCAGUUGUGGGGUUACUUGCAUGUGCGCAGGAGAUUGAACUGAAGGUGGACAGCCACGAGGGUUCGCCGCAGAAUCCCAAUGUCUCUUUGCCUGAAUACAACGGCACUCCAGAUUUGUUUGCUGUAUCGAAGAGUCUUUCUCCAUCAACCUUGGGACCGGAGGGAGCCAAUUCGAGUGACUCUAGGAGCGGCCACGGCCCGAUUGUUCCGGUCCUCUCUCCUACACCCACUCCUGCCGACUGGCAAUCAGGCCCUGAGGAACUGGUCGUGGCGUACACUGGUGGUAUCAUCCAGCAUUAUCCCAACUUUAAGGAGACGUGCCAACAAUACAUCGACCGGCUCAUCAUGAGGACGGGCCCGCAGAAGAGUGGGAAGUCGGUCUUCCUACGGGAAGCCUCGGAUGGCGGUGUCAUUGGUGCUGGCGUCCUUGCCGGAAUGGUUGGUAACGGGUGAUGCGCUCU